UGUGUCUCUGUGUGUGUGUGUGUGUGUGUGUGUGCAGCAGCUCACUCCUCUUCUCUCUUCUCUCUGAUCGGCUGCUUUCUCUGAGCUCAGCAAAAUGAAGAGUUCCUUAGUGGUUCUGCUGCUUCUGGCGCUGACACUCGGCUCAGAGGCCAACCGCAGAGCCAAGAACCACAAAGGUGAGAAGCAGGAGAAGUUGCGGCCGUCCUCCAAAUGCUCCGCCGCGGAGACGCAGUUCGGUAAAUGUGUCCCCGAGGACGGAGACUGUGGAGACGGACUGAGAGACGCUUCCUGCCGGGACGUGACGGAGCAGAUCUACUGCAAGGUGCCCUGCAACUGGAAGAAGGACAUCAGUGACUGUAAGUACAAGUUCGGCCCGUGGGGAUCCUGUGAGGGCGACACCAACACCAAGAGCCGGUCCGGGACCCUGAAGAGGGCGCUGUUCAACGCUGAGUGCCAGCCCACCGUCAGGGUGUCCAAAACCUGCUCCCCCAAAGCCAAGAAGACCAGAGGGGGGAAGAAGUCAACCUGAAAGACGAAGAGAAGAAGAAAAAACACGCUGACCUUUGACCUUUUUACCCUCAGUUGAUGUGAUUGUGUUUCUUUGGAUUAAAGUCUUCCUCUAAAUAUUAAUAAUGAUAAUAAUGAUGAUGCUGAAAAUCAUCUGUCCUUUAGAUCAGCAAGUUCUAAAAGUAAAAGUAGCCCUAAAAGCGUUUUAUAGUAGCUGACAUUAAAUUAACUUGCAGCCAAUCAGAGGCUCUGGAUAAAUCUGUAACAAAAGAACUUUUAUCUAUUUUUUGAGCUUUAGAUUAUUGAUGAUUUACAAUAAGACUUGUAUAAAUGAACACAAUAAAAGCUGUACAUUGUGA